AUGAUUGAUGAAAUCGUCAAACCAUUCAACCUUUUGAACAAGGAUGGACGUUUUCCUUCUAUCAGUGCUGUUGAGAAUGAUGUCUACUGCCUGAAAUCAAUUAAGGAUAGCCUACAACAUCCUUAUAAUUACUUGUCAUUGACUUGGAACUUCGACAAUGCUACUGAAGAAGGAUUCAUCUGUGACUUUACUGGCAUUGGUUGCUGGCAUGCCAAUGAGAACAAGGUGUUAAAUAUUAGGCUGAGCGAAAUGGGACUGAAGGGCCAGUUUCCUCGAGGACUGGAAAACUGCACUAGUUUGGUGGAUCUGGACCUUUCUAACAACCAGCUCUCGGGCCCCAUCCCAUUUGAUAUUGGCCAAGUUCUCAAGUUCAUCACAACUCUUGAUCUUUCAAAUAAUCAGUUCUCUGGCUUAAUCCCACCAUCGAUUGCAAGCUGCAAAUACAUUUCUGUCUUAAAACUAGAUGACAACAGUCUACGGGGUCCAAUUCCACAAGAACUAGGCAUGUUGAAUCGCAUCACGAUUUUCACAGUGGCCAAUAACAUGUUAACAGGGCCGGUGCCGAAUUUCAUCAAAGCAACUCCUCCUGAAGUGAGGUAUGAAAAUAAUCUGGGACUUUGUGGGGCAGCCCUGGAAGUCUGCAAGGACGAUUCAGAUUCCGGUUUGAGCAAUCGAGUUCUCUUCUUUAGUGGAUACAUGACUGGUUGGGCCAUCACAAUGAGUCUGGUUCUCUUUAUAUGUUUAUCUGGUAUGCCAGUGCUGAGUUUGAAGAAGCUGAUUACUAAGAUAAUAGCAUAUACAAUCUUUAUUCUGCAGAUUGCGCGGCUGGAAAAAUACGUUACAAGAAUUUCUUUUGCAGAAUUGAGCAGUGCAACAGCCAAUUUCAGUCAAGAUAGCAUCAUUGGAAUUGGAAAGAUGGGAACUAUGUACAAGGCAAGACUCCCAAACGGAUGGUUUCUUGCCAUCAAGGGUCUCUUCAACUCAGAGCAGUUGCAUCAAAAAAUUGCAUCUGAGACCAUAACUCUAGGCAAAUUAAGGCACCGGAGGCUGGUGCCUCUAAUAGGAUUCUGCCCUGAAAAGGAGGACUUGUUUCUAGUAUACAAGUACAUGUCAAAUGGCAAUCUUUACAACUGGUUACAUGGAAGAAAAGAUGAGGUGGAUAUUAUGGCACAUUGGGCUUUGAGGGUUAAGGUUGCUGCUGGCAUAGCCGAAGGGUUAGCAUGGCUUCAUCACAAAUGUAGUUUAAGGGUGGUCCAUGGGACCAUAAGCUCAAAAGAUAUCCUGCUUGAUAAGAAUUUUGAUCCCAAAAUAUCAAAUUUCUGGGAAGCAAAAUUCAUUAAGUUAGAAGAUCAAAGUUCAAAUUGGAGUUUUUUCCAGUCAAGUGAUUCUCUGGAUUUGGAUUCUUUCAAAAAAGAUGUCUACUGUUUUGGGAUUAUGGUUCUAGAGCUUAUAACACGGAAGCAACCUCAGCAAGUCAAAAGCUUCAUUGAAAAUCUCUGUGGUACCUCUGUUUCUCAUAAAUUUUCUACUCUGGCUGAGGUUGAUCAAACUCUGAUUGGUCAUGGAUUUGAUGAUGAAAUCAUCCAAUUCCUUCAAGUAGCUGAGAACUGUGUGUUGCCUAAUCCAGAUCACAGACCAUCGAUGCUUCAAGUACAUGAAACCCUGGCAGCAUUUGCAGAAAUCUAUAACUACACAGCUGAUUGUGAGAUGUCCUAUUGA